UUUGACCCCCCCUUCACUUCAUCUGUGAGACACCUACACUCAUCACCCCUCACCUCCGGGGCGUAUAAUGUCUCAAUCAGCUAGGCAAGAGCAUCGUCACUUGUUGGCUAGGCUUUCUCGGAUCGAUGCCCGUGACUUGGUGGGUCAGGUAGACGUGAAUUAUGGGCGCUAUCCAGCUUCUGGGAGUUUUGCACGCGCUUUUGCUGGAGUCUGGCAAUCAGUCUGUAAAGCCGCCAUUGAGUUAUUGACGAUUGGGCUAAUAUUGUCGUUGACUUGUGCUCAAUUUUUCCUCAGAAACAUGUCUGUGUCAAGGUCCUUCAUAGCGUGGACGUGAUGGAUAAUUCCAAGUUUUACGAUUUUUCCCGGGUGAGUCUCCACCGCAUGUCCAAGCGCCUGCUCCGGCUUACCGACACCGCAUGAAGAGGCUUGUGCGCGAAUUGAUGAUUUGGCGUACCCUCCAUCAUCCAAAUGUGGUAGAACUACACGGUUGGAUUCUCGAGUUAGAUGAAGCAGACAAGCUAACCGCCAGUUUCAUUUCCACUUGGUGUGAGGGAGGUGACGUCAAGCGGUAUCUUCAAAGAAACCCGGAUGCUGACCGCUGUCGAAUCAUUUGCUCGGCCGCAGAAGGCGUCGCCUAUCUUCACCUGAGAGGAAUUGUCCAUGGAGACAUCACCCCGAGAAAUGUGGUGAUUGACCGUGAUGGAUUAGCGAAGUUAUGGUCGAGUGUGGUUCGCAGCCUGCGUUUCAUAGCUCCUGAGCUCUUGAAUGUCGAUGACCCAGUGGUCCAUCGAGAUGAGAGGAGCGAUGUGUGGGCAUUCGGAUGUACAUCCGCUGAGAUUCUUAGUGACCGGCCUCCCUAUCACGGGAUACAUGAGUUUCAUGUUCCGUCUGAAAUAGCGGGUGGGACACCCCCGUAUAUUUGGGAUCGACCAGAUGAGGUUGGGGAAGUCAUUGUACGAUGUAUGACGUUUCAGCGAGAUUCGCGGCCGGGCAUGCUGGAUGUAACUAGAUCUUUCAGACGCCUCGGCCUAGUGACCGGAGGUUCCACACUCGCUCGGUCAACUUGUGCACGUAGAGAUCAUUUCUAUAUCUAGGCAGCCAGUGCUAACUUUUUUCCAGGGUAUGCUGCCAUCUGGCGGAGCACGCAAUGCUUUACCGCCGAGAAUAUCCUCAACAAGGAUAGGCACAGACAACAUGCAACGCAACCGUGAGCCCGACAUCCUCGGUCACAUCCCACACGAUGCAUACACAAUCUACACGCUCGAAAAGUUCUGCAUGGGCCUCCAACGCAGUUCACUGGCGCGAGGUGCACAUA